AUGCAAGAUACCUUAAUUAAUAUUCAAAAUAACGAACCAGUUCCAGGUUAUAAGGUUGAGUCAAUUACUGAAUAUCAAAUUAAUCAAAUCAAUAUGAAUCAAAGUAAAAAGAGAAGUUCAUUGAUUUUAUCUGCCCCUCAAUCAGCUUCAUCAUCAUCCGGUGAGGAAGAUAAUACCGUUAAAAAGAAAAAGAAAACCACCCCAUCUAAUACCACCAACGAUGAAGAGGAGAAACCAAAAAGAACUAGAAAGAACGAAACUAUUUGCACAGUUUGUGAAAAACCAGGUGAUCUAUUAAUGUGUGACGGUCUUUGUUUAAGGUCAUUCCAUGUCAACUGCGUAGGUUCUGCCAAUAUCCAUUUAAAUACAAAUCCAGACGGAAGUGUUCGUUGGGAAUGUAACGAUUGUGUUAACCAACAAAACUAUUGUUUUUCAUGCAAAAAGAGAGGUAUUAUUGGUAUGGAUUUAAUGAAAUGCAAGGUUCAUCAAUGUGGUAAAUUUUAUCAUUAUAAAUGUGUUAGUGAAUAUAAACUUGCAAAGUUAAUCAAUACUAAAACCCCAAGAUUCAAUUGCCCACUCCAUUAUUGCGCCGUUUGUGAAGUCUCUGGUGAUGGUAAGCAAUCAGUUCAUUGCUUCAGAUGUCCAACAGCCUAUCAUGUUAUCUGUAUGCAACCAGGUGUUAAAAUGCUUACAAAAUCAAAAGAAACUCGUAAAACUGGUUUAAUUCUUUGUCCAAAGCAUAUCAAUGAACAAAAUCCAAAUUUAUCAAUGCAAUCAAAUAUUUAUCCCCAAUCACAUCAACAUCAACAUCAACAUCAACACCAACACCAACACCAACACCAACAUCAACACCAACAUCAACAUCAACAUCAAUCACAACCACCAUAUAGUCAAAGCCAUCAUGUUGGCCAUUAUAAUCAAAAUCAUCAAUCUAUGGUAUUAAAUAAUCUCCAAUCAUCAUUAAAUUCUAAUCCAUUGGGUAAUAGUCUUGGUAGUAGUGGUGAAAUUUAUAAUAAUAAUAAUAAUAAUAAUAAUAAUAAUAAUAAUAAUAAUAAUAUUAGUAAUAAUAUCAGUAAUGGUAUUAAUAAUAAAAUUAUAUAUAAUAGUCAAUAUAAUUUAAAUAAUAAUUUACCAAAACAAUUAAAUAAUAAUAAUAAUAAUAAUAAUAAUAAUAAUUCAAUCGAAUCAAAUAAUAUUAAUCCAUUAUAUUAUUUAAUGUAUUCUUCACCUUUAUCAUCACCAACACAUUUAAAUUCACCACCAUCCUCACCAUCUUACCAUUCAAACUAUCCAACAAUUAACAAAUCAUCAUCCUCAAAUAGUUUAUCUUCUUCAAUGGAAAUCCCUUAUGAUGAUAAAUUUAAUUAUAUUGGAAAAUCUAAAAAAGAUACCGGCAGUCUUUUCCCACUUAAGAAAAAACCCAUUUCUGAUGAACAACCAUCCGUCUCUAAUAUCUCCUCAGUUAGUGACGAUGAUCUCUCGAUUAUUUCAAGUUUGGCAUCAAUCAAAGAAAAAGUUUUAAUUACAAACAAUAAGGCCGUUGACCACUCCAACAAAGAUAAAAAAACUUUUUGUUUGGAACAAACCAAAAUGGACGAAAAUAUAUGUGUAUAA